GACAGAUUCUACGUGAACAAGUUCUUGAUACUUGGACCUCAAGAAUGAAUCCAUUACAGUUGGUAUGGGCUAAAAUUAAGGAGAAUGAGAAAAUACACGUAGCUUGGUGCGUGGUCGGCAUCGUCGGAUGCCUUAUGCUCUAUGGCGUCCUUCAGGAGCGCAUUAUGACCUUGCCCUUUGGUGCCGCGGCCGCUGGAGAGGUCUUCAAGUAUUCACUCUUCUUGGUCCUAUGCAAUCGCCUAACCACUUGCGCGGUCGCCAUCGUCAUGCUAGUGCACGAUCAAAAGUAUCAGGAGAUUAAGCCCGUGGCGCCCAUCUGGAAAUACUUCGCGGUCUCCUUGUCGAACGUGAUCGCCACGACGUGCCAAUACGAGGCUCUUAAAUACGUAUCUUUCCCCAUGCAAACCUUGGGGAAGUGCGCUAAGAUGCUUCCUGUCAUGAUCUGGGGCAUCUUUAUGCUGCGCAAGAAGUAUAAGGCAGCUGACUGGGGGUUGGCCCUGGUCAUCACUGCCGGCUGCACUAUUUUCGUGCUGACCGGCGACAUUAAAUCCAGGGAAUCGGAGAGCCUAUGGCAUUCGAGCGUCUACGGCGUGGCGCUCAUGCUUGGCUAUCUUGGUUUUGACGGGUUCACAUCAACUUUCCAGGAUAAGCUCUUUAAGGGCUACAACAUGACUACAUACAACCAGAUGCUGUACACAACGCUGUGCUCGUCCAUCCUUAGCAUCGUAGGCCUGUUCAGCUCCGGGCAGCUUCCUAAGGCCUUCAGUUUCCUGGAGCGGCAUCCUGACGCUCUCUCUUCCAUCAUGAUGCUGUCUAUAGCUGCCACUGUGGGCGCCCUUUUCAUCUCCUACACCAUUAAGACGUUUGGCGCCCUGGUGUUCGCCACCAUCAUGACAACGCGUCAGUUCCUCUCCAUCCUGCUUUCGUGCGUGCUCUUUGCACACCCGCUCAGCGGCGGCCAGUGGGGUGGCUCCAUCAUGGUCUUCGGAGCGCUGUACUACCAGGGCUUUGCCAAGAAGGACAGGCACCACGGAAAGGACAACGGGACAAAGUCCGAAGCCGCCAAGGAUGCAGAGCACGGCGACACGGAGCAGGCGCCGAUGUUGGUGAAGGCGGAACCAAAGUAGUUCGCACCGCGGCGCAUAUGCCUUACAGUAGCUGUCGUGUCAUACUGUGGCGGCUGCCGUUCGGGGCCACUUCGUGUCAUGUGGUUAAAUGUGUUAACUACUUAGCCAUGAACCUUGCAUCGCUGCUGAGUGUUUAGGAGUAACAUAAGUCUCGGUUCGCUGCGGUUACGGCCGUCUAUAAAAUUUCUAGGCUCUAGUGUGGUUUAUAGGUAUAUGCGCUGCCGUUUUUGGUUUACACGGGGUUUGGACAGUUUGGACAUGGAUUUAAUACGUGUUGUUCGUCAUGUAGGUUAACGUGAGGGCUGUAGCAAUGCAUGUAUAUGGGACGGCCCUUGUCUUUGGUUACCGCUAUUGGUUGACACUUUGUCAUCCAUUAGUUGUACGAUGCGGGUAACGGUGUUUGGUCCUAUAUAGGAACGUCAAUGUCACUUAAGCGUGCUGAUACAUCUACGCAAGCGUCAUGUUUUUGUUCUUAGGCUGGAAGGGCCAUUACAGCCCGGGCCUGAGGCCCUUGGUUGCUGGCAUAGCCGCAAGGACAUUGCGAAAUUAUCGACGCCCCAUAGCCGGUGGCACAUUGAAGGGCUCAUUGCAGCUCUUGUAUAUGGCAUGGAGUGGAGUUGGCAAGGAAAAUUUGGAUAUCAAGACGUUGGCCGCUGAUACUAAGGUGGCAGCUGUAGAGGAAUCUCCUGGCUUGUCACCAGUGCCCCUUUGUAUGUGCUCUGACCCUGGCGUGCUGACCUCCUCAUGGAGGGCGUUUCGUGCUGUGUAGCUAUAUUAAGGCUUGCUGCAGGCAUGUCCAUUGUUGGCGCAUGGCACACGAAGUGCUUCCCCCUGCCGGACAUGAGGCUCAUCUAGCACGCUGCCGGCGGGUAACCUACGAGCACUAUGGCAAUGCUUUCCUUCUGGAAGUAGAGUACACUGACUAAGCACUACCGUGGUCCACGGCGAAGACGAACUCCUGGUUCUAGGUGGCGUAGGUUGGCAGAUAGACCCUAGCCUACAUGUUCAUAGUUAAUCCUGUUGUGAGUCUUUUCCUGUAGUAACUGGCUAAUACGCAUAAAACGGCAUACUAUAUGCCAUGGCGCCUACUCUCAUCGACGCGUCUUCAGUGACAUUCAGCCGCAUGUUAACGCCUUCAGGCGUCUACCUAUUAACAUGACCCGGUGGCCUUUGAGACUGUAAUACAAAGCUUUCUUCAUGUGUAAUGCUUUGCUGGGUUCCUUAAAAACUGACCAUGGCGACAGAAGCAGAAAAGUUCCGGGGAGCGGCGGGCAUUUACGGCCUAUUCCAGAAGUACGCAACUGCGGUCUCUGUCGAUGAGUACAACGGCGUCAUGGGCAUCCCCUAUCCACGCAUGAAGAAGCUCAUGCUCGAUGCUGACCUCUUGGAGGGAGUGCCUCCGGGGCUGGCAGAUGCCUGCGUGCGGGAGCACAUGCAGCGUGCAGACCAGGAAGGGUGUGGCUUCAUCAGUGCAGCGGACUUCGUGGUCUGGUGGUUGACGGAAGUGGCAGCGCUGCUGCCGCUCAGAGGCGCCGUCUGCGGAGUGACGGGCAUUCGGCCGCUGUACAACAUUUAUCAUGCCGCACUACUGGGCGACGUGGGCAUGUCAGAUUCUGCACGGAAGCCCGCCAAGGGUAUGCUUGCACGGCAGUUCAUCCAGCUCGCCACGCAGUACGGCCUCAGCAAGUCCAGUUCGGAAACAGUACGACAUGCGUUUGGAGUGGCGCGAGUGAACAUUGGGGCGUACGGCAAUGGCGGUGGUAGUGCUGCUCCUGCUGCAGGCGGCGGGGGCGGGAGUGCGGGUGCGAGGCCGGUGGACACGUCAGGCAGCGGCAGGCUGCAAUUCGCGGCCUUCGUGCGCGCGCUGGCACUGCUGGCGACGCGCAAGAUGAGCAGUCCGGAUGUGGCCCUUUACCUCGUCGUGUCGCAAGGCGUGCCGCCGCCGCUGCUGCUGCCGCCGCCGCCCUUGGACCCUAGGACCACCACAGCUGACCAGUGGGUCGCUGGAGCCGCGGCGCCGCCACCCACUCCUACUCCCCGCACUGCCGCGGCCGCGGAAGCAGCGGCUGCAGUAGUCGCGGAUUAUGGUUUUGGAGCCCUGGCGGCCUCCGCUGCCGCUGCGGGAGUGAAGGCGCUUCGUUCAUCUGGGGGCGGCAGAAGCAGCAGUAGCGCUUGCACGCCGUGUUCAUAUUUGGGUCUCUUGAGCGAGCUGGAGGGCAGCGCUAGCAGGGAGCGCUGCGGGUGUGGUAACUGCGGCCAGCAGCACACGAGGUGGCGGCUAGACAGUCUGCGCAGGCUGGAGGAGCUGCUCAGUUCGCUGGGUGUGCCCUCCCCCGUGCGGCGCUCCCUGCCGUACCUGCCCUUCGUCAACACUCGCAACCUGAGAACCCUAUUCCACAGGUAUAAUGCAGCCUACAACAAGGGCAAGCUGCCGCCCACCUCCUACCAGCUGUCUGAAGCACCUCCGUCUGGGCUGCAUGGGCCGCAUCAGGGGAGUCGCCCGGCCGGCUGUGGCAGCGGCAGUGGAGGGGGCCGCAGCGGCGAUGGAGAGGGCUGCGCGUGGGAAACGGAGCCGUACGGCGCUUGCUGCUGCCUGUUCCGGUCGCUGAGCGUCAUGGAGAUGUCCUCCUGGCUGCGGUUGUGCCUGGACUGCGACUCCAUUCGCGACCGGCUGGUGACCCGUGGGCCGGGGCUCACCCCCGCCAGGCUGCAGGCGGUCUUCCUGCAGGCCUCCGCCCUGGCCGGGGUCUACCAGUGGGACGACAGCAUAGGCGCCCAUGACGGCCCCCUCUCCCACCAGGACCUGGACGGUUGCUUGAAUCUGCAGCUCGGCCCCGACGCCGCUGCGGCCUCUGUUGCCGGCAGCAGAGACACGGCACAGCAGGGCCGCCAGCAGAAGCGGCGCCACCGGCCUGCGCGGCCGGUGCUCACGUUUCCGCAGUUUCUGGAGGCGUUGCGGCUGGUGGCGGAGGAGGCUGACGGCGUGACCACGUCGUCGCCACGUACGGAGCGGGCGUUGCUGUACAUCGUGCAUGACUUAGUGAGGGAGGGCUGCCCUCGCGCGCACUCCAGCGUUAAGGAUCCGCAGCAGCAGGAACAGCAGCAGCAGCAGCAGGAACAGCAGUCGGCGGAGGUGCGGGAGCCUGGAACGGACGUGGCGGUGACUCAGCGGCUGCGACAUGCGUCACGGGCGUCAGCGUCUGCAGUCGACGACAGCGGCGGUGGCGCUGCAGGCGGACAGCUGCACGGCAGGGUAUGGGUCGGCAGGGAUGGCGCCCAUGGCGGCUGCGGAGGAGCGGUGCCUGCCUGGCAGGAUGUGAGUAAGGGUAGCCGCUCUGGCGCGGUGCCGCAGAUGACCGCGGCUCACGAAGAAAGCAGCGAAGCCGGUCCAUGCUCCCCUGGUGCCAGCGGUGCCUCACCGCAAGCUGGGGAUGCGCGCAAAGUGCGGAACACGUUUGAUGACAGCUGGAUUCGGCCCCGACCAGCCUCAGCGGCUCGGCAGAGGCAGCGGCCUAGCUCAGCUAACGCUGCUCUCCGCGUCGCCCCGGCAGCCGGCGGCCGCAGUCCGACAGCUGCUCCCACCUGCGCUGCGGCGCCCCCUGCCACCCGGUCUAACACGCAGCAGCAACAGCCGCGAGCUCGUAUGCCGGCUCCGCCUUCGGCUUGGCUCCGGUCGCAGUCAUCGCUGGAGGCAGUCGGCGGCGCCGGUAGCGAGGCUAGCGGCACUGCGACGCCGCAGAGCACUCGAACACGCCCGUCGUCGGCUCCACGUGCCCCAACUCGCAGCCACAGCAUGGGCGCCGGCGGCCGUAGCCUCGAAGCUCCCGCCGACAAGCCGCCGCUACCUCUGGCGGCGGCGGGGGUGCAAAACAGCAAGUGGCGGCCUUGCGAUGAGAAUUGUAGAGGCGCUAGCGGGUUGGGCAGCGGCGAGGCGGUUACUGCAGGGAGGCGGCUGAAGCCCUCGGCCAGUGUCGGCGCCAAUGCAGAGGGCUUGCUUAGCGACGCCGCUGGUGCUGCUGGUGCUCGGGUUGGCUCCGGAACUGCAGGGGCACCUACAUCAGGAUUGCAGGCGCAAGGUCCUGAUGGUGCGGGCCGGGUUGGUAGAAGGCGCAGCAGUGACAGCAGUCGGCUGGGCUUUGGCAGCGGAACGGAGGAGUCGCCGUGUGGGAAGGGCUUCGUGAGGCCAAUUGUGCCUGCGCCGUACAUCCCAGGCGCGUCCCCCUCCCCGCAUGCCUCUUCUGUACAAGGUAACAAAGACGCGCGUCAGCGUUCCAGUACACAGGCGGCGGCGCCGCCGCAGCCGUCGCGGCACCCCGGCCCAGCAGCCCUGAGCACCACUUCUUCAACGACAUCGGCAACAGCAAGAACAGCGGCGGCAGCAUCCACAAUCAACCGAGGGGUGAGUGGCACUCUUGACGGGGACAUGGGCGACGGCGGCAGUACUGCGAGGUCAUACGGAUCCCGCAACGCGCUGUUGCUGCAGUCCAGAAGUGGCAGCAUGAAUGGGGAGGUGUUGAGCCGGAGGCACAGCAGUACCUCGCAUGCGACCCGUGGGCCGCCCAUGCCAGCCUCACCCGCGGCUGCCUGGCGGGCUGAGGUCCAGGAAGCAAUCAAGGAGGCUGGGAGGACCGCCCGAGACGAGGAGGGCUCCACGGACACCGAGGAAGGGCCGUUGGCAGACGACAGAGCGGUGUCGGGUCUGGGGUCGCAGCCGCGGCCUUCGCACCAACACCAGCCGCAGCAGUCCACAUCUCAAGCCCACUGGGGCGUCAGAUCCAACAGCGGUUGGACUGAUAACAGUGAAGCACGUGGCCAAGGCAGCGGCUCAACGGCGAGGUCGGGGGCGCAUCGCUCAGAGGCGUUCCCUUCCGAAUUGGAAGUGUCGGGCCGUGGAGGUGGGUUAGGUGGCGGCGGCGGCGGGCGCCUGCGAUCGAGGAGGACCAAUGAGAACCUGGAGUGGAUUGACGUCACGGGGUACGGGCUAACAAACGGCAUUGGAGGCCCGGCGGAGGUCAUGCAGCGAAGAGAUUGGACCUCCUCCUCCUCCCUGGGCAGCCGCAGGAAACCCGGAGACAUGGAGGCAGCUCUGCCGCCGCAGCCGCUGCAACGGCAGGCUGCGGUGUCGAGCUCGGCCGGUGCUGGGGUGCCUUCGCCUGCUCGCAUGCAGCCAGCGCGGCAGGAGGGGGAGCCGCAGGGGGCCCAUGAAGGAGCGGUACAGGGUGUGCCGCAGUACGUCUUUCCGGAAUACACCUAGAAGAUGGGUGGGGGUAGUAGGCGGGAAAGUAGGAGCUCGGGGGCAUGGGGCAUGGAUGCCAUUUGUUCUAUAUGCCUUGUUACGGAGGGCCGAUAGCCUGCAGAAGCAAUAUAAUACUGCGGCAAUGGACCGCAACGUUUCUUUGAUGUCCAGGAACGGCUAUGUUGGAUGGAUGCUGGUCCGUUGGUUUACAUGCAGCGUUUGAUGGCGCGCGGUUACUGUUGUUAACAAUCGUACAGCGAACCGCUCGCGAGGAGAUGCAACAGUCAAGCUGAUGCGCGCAUGGAUAUUGCGAAGAGCCCUGUUGUACACUAGCUACAAUGGCGCCCUUCAUAGCUGUGGGGGUUUCAUCCGCAGGGUUGUGCCGUUACCAAUGCGCUGGGGAGCAAUGGGCGACUGCAUGACCGGUGUGGUGUUGACGCUCGUCCCAUACGACACUGUUUCAACGUCCACGUUGGUGGCACGUACCCAGUACUGUGCCAAAUGCGUUGGCGGCGUGGUUGCAUUUUAGGGCUUGGAUGUGGAUGCACGGCCGUUACAGGGGUGUUGAACCCAACCCUAUACUGCAAUAGUAACGGAGCAGACCGCAAAACAAAUGUAAAAGAGGCCAGCAGGAACAAGGAC